UUGUGAGGUUCGGCCAUGGCCCGCACGAAGCAGACUGCGCGCAAGUCCACCGGCGGCAAGGCUCCGCGCAAGCAGCUGGCCACCAAGGCGGCCCGCAAGAGCGCGCCGGCCACGGGCGGCGUCAAGAAGCCACACCGCUACCGGCCGGGCACGGUGGCGCUGCGCGAGAUCCGGCGCUACCAGAAGUCGACGGAGCUGCUGAUCCGCAAGCUGCCGUUCCAGCGGCUGGUGCGCGAGAUCGCGCAGGACUUCAAGACGGACCUGCGCUUCCAGAGCUCGGCCGUGAUGGCGCUGCAGGAGGCGAGCGAGGCGUACCUGGUGGGGCUGUUCGAGGACACGAACCUGUGCGCCAUCCACGCCAAGCGCGUCACCAUCAUGCCCAAGGACAUCCAGCUGGCGCGCCGCAUCCGCGGGGAGCGCGCCUGAGCGGCGUGCGCCCUCGUCUGCUUCCCGGUCUUGUCAUCAGGCACAAAAGGCUCUUUUCAGAGCCACUCACGUUCUUGCUGAAAAGCA